GUUCUUCCACUCGCUGCAAAUCAGAUCAGAAGUUUUGCAUCAUCGUGCCAGAGAAAUGAUUUCUGAAUCUUCAACAACUUGGACAAACAAUGACAACAAAAAUGACCACAGCUGCAAGCCAGUCAAGCUUAGCUGUAACUCUGCUGUUCUUGAGAUCCAUAACCUGGUCAGAAGCUGCGAGGUGUUUGAGAGUGCGCAUGCUGAGCAGCUGAUAAAAUGGUGUUGCGUUUGCUGUUUUGUGGAACAGAGUUUUGUAUACAGGGCAUAGCAAGGAGUUUGGCAGAACGCACUGAACACCACGGUGUGCCUGCUGAGAAGGCCUGGCUGCCGUGGAAACAGGAAGAAAGCAACCCGAAGGAGGCAAGUCCUCUGGAAAGGGGCGGGCAUCUGAAUAACGGAGAGAGAGAGGGAGAGAGAGAGGGAGAGAAGGUGGAGUAUAGUAAGAAGAAGACACUGAAAGUGGCUGAGAGAGAGAAUUGAAAGCCAGAGGAGGGAGAGCUUGUGAGAUGGUGAGAAUGGUGUGUGUGUGUGAAAAGAGAGAUAAAGAGAGAGAGAGAGAGAGAGAGAGAGAGAGAGUUGUGGACAUGAAGAAGAACAGUGAGAAAGGAACACAGAGUCCAAUUCCACUUUAGAAAAGGCAGCCUUUCAUGGAACUGGUAGUCUCACCCAGUCCCAAACCAGUGGAAAAAAGCUGAGGAGCUACAUUUGAGAAGAUCUCCAGGGGAGCAUGGAGAACCCCCGAGUGAAGAGGAGGAUCAGGGGAGAACACACACUCUCAAACCUCCUGCAGGAGGAGCACCAGCAGGACAUCAAGCCUUCAACUUAUUACAGAGACCACCAUACAUGCCCGCAGGAGGAGCGCUAAAACACUGACGUGCUGACGUGGGUACAGCGUGUGGCUGAUGUUCCGGUCCGUGUGCCGGGCCGUGGGUUUGGGCCGUGGAGGUCGUGGGCUGCGGUGGCUCAGGGCGAGAGUGCGACGCAGGACUGCUGUGCUCUUCCUCCUGCUCUGGCUUGCCUCAUGGCUCUUUCUCAGUGGCCUGCUCUUUGUGCACACGACCAUGUUUUCCGACUUCUGCACCGAUGAUAAGAGCAGGAGGAUUCUCCAAAGACUGUGUGAAGAAUACAAGCAAGGUGUAUUAACAGGUGACCUGUGUGAAGAUCUUUGCGUGGGUGGCCAUGUGGAAUACAAGCAAUGUCUCUACUACGAGAAUGGAAAGAAGGUCAUGGUGGCCGGCUGGAGAGGUGUGCCAAUUGUCCUCAAGUCCAAGCUUGAAAAUUUCUCCUCAUAUGAGGCUUUGGCUCUGCUGGAGUACCAGGACACAGCAGGUGAUCUGGGGGCUGAGGAGGAGCUUUCACCGCUGGAUGUGGUGUUUUAUGCAACUUUGCAAAUUAAGAACCUGUUGGGCCUGGAGGCUGGGAGUAACCUGACGCUUCCAAGACUUUGGGGCCAGAAACUGAAGAAAAGGUCCCAGUCGUACUCGCGGGCUGAGCUGGCCUCACUCUGGGCUCUGCUUCAACAGGAGGAAUACGCCUUUCUCCGUGUCAUGCAGGACCUUACGGACCAUGUGGCAAAGGUGCUGGGCUCCUGUGGCCAUUUCUAUGCAGUGGAAUAUCUUGCUGCUGGCCACGCAUGGGACCAAAAUAUCUUCUCACUGGAAGAGUUCUCGGAAAGCCGAUUAAGUGGAGAAGGUCAGACACUAACCAAGGUAGACAUGGUGCCUCGAGUUGCCCUAAGCUUCUUGGACAUGGUGGAUCGUUUUGAGAAUGACUUUUCACAUCAUUUGCACCUUUGUGAUAUAAAACCGGAGAAUUUUGCAAUCAGGAAGGACUUGACGGUGGCAGCUAUUGAUGUGGACAUGGCCUUUUUCGAGCCCAAAAUGCAGGACAUUCUUGAGCAAAACUGCACCAAUGACAACGACUGCAAUUUCUUUGACUGCAUCUCUAAAUGUGACACAAAGAAAAACAAGUGUGGAUCAAAACGCAAAAACAGCAACCUCCAGGUGAUCUGUGAGAAGAUCUUUCGCUCGUGGUUCUCUCCCACGCUGCUGGGGGAUAAAGCUGGGCGCCCCCUUCAGGUGGAGCUCCAGCAGGCGGUGCAGGAUUGUGCGGAGACAGAGGGAGGAGAGGAGUCCGAGCGAGCCAGGAACAUAAGGUUGCACCUUCAGGGCCUUCUCACGCAGCUUGUCCAGGAGGACUCGGUAAAUCAGCAGAGCAGAAAACAAGCACAAGCAAAACGCCGCAUUCAUAGGGCACUCAAUUUUUGAGAGGUCACAUGACAGCUUUGCUUAGAAGUGAUGAAAUAUUCACAUUCGACUCAUCUGCAGUUUUUGUUUUUUGUGUAGUAGCUGGUUUACCCUUCAACUGUAGUCACACUGUGCAAUUAAGUUUCUGUUUUGUUCAUUAGAGAUUAAAAAUAUAUUGUUACAAAAUAUUGGAUGUACUGUAAAUAAAUUUUGUAUAGAAAAAAAAGUGUAAAUUUGAGAAGAUUUCAAUAAAGUAACUCACGCCAUCUUCUUGUGAGAAUUUGCAUCACA